ACGGGUGUACGUCGUACUCCUGCGCAAAACCAUCUGUUCGUAAUUUUAUUUCAGGAAUCUUUCCUCUCCAAAAUUUGGGAAGAAUUUCACAUGCAACGCAUUUAACCGAAGGAGUAUGCAAAGGUUGCGACCUUGGAACUAUUUCUUCCUAUGUAUGCAACAUUCUGGCCGACAGAAAUGCGUUCAAUGGCGGAAAGUUGACAAUCCUUUGCAACUUAUCACUGCAACAAUUAUUUACACUUGUGCUAUUUUAGCGGUGCGCUGCGCCAGUUCACUGAAAAUGAAGGACCUGGUGGCCCCAUGUUAGGGGCAGAGUAUGUCGGGGUUCGAGGCGUCUCCCCCCUCACCACCGCCCUCUUCUGUGGCUGUGGACUUCUCCAGUUUUGGGCUGCCGUUCCCUGACGGCCAGCAGGGACUGUACUUGUUCACCGAAGGACCGUUCUCCCCCAAGACUGAUAGCCAGGGGGUCCCCAAGAGCUCGGACGACGCCUCAUCACCCCUCUCCCCCCUCGUCGCUUCGGGCUUUCAGCGCCAUCGGAACUAUGGCCACGCCGGGGAUGCCAUGCUUAGUGCCAUCGAUUACAGUGAACAUGACAUUUUGCAAGAAGGGGGCUUCGACGUGCCAUUUGGGCACCUUGACGGGCUUCUCCGGCUGCCACAUCAGCAAGGAGGACAUCCGUCUGACCCAAACUUCGACCUUCUCGGAGACGCGGAGCUCCAGCUCUCACCGCACACAUUCUCAACGGUCGACACAGGAUCGGCACUCGGCUCCAUGUCAGACGGGCCGUCGGAAAUCGAGCGCUCCGUGCCAGCGUCCUCGUCCUGCACUACUGCUGCAACAACAACAACCAUCCUGCAGGACGAGAGCAGCAAGGAGGCGGAGGAGAAGGUGCACGCGGUCCAGGUGGCGCUGCAACAGCUGGGGCCCAGGCCAACGAUUAAGCCAGGCCCGACUCCAGGCAAUGGGAGGUCGCCUUCCACACAGCCUUGCCCUGUUUGUGGGAAGGUGUUUGCCAACUCAAGCGCACUGACGAAACAUAAGCUGACGCACUCAGACGAGCGCAAGUACGUCUGCCACCUAUGUAACAAGGCUUUCAAGCGUCAGGACCACCUCAACGGGCACAUGCUUACCCACCGGAAUAAGAAGCCCUACCAGUGCGACGUGGAAGGUUGUGACAAGAGCUACUGUGACGCCCGCUCCUUGCGGCGACACAAGGAAAACCACCAUGCCUCAGUUGCGCUCACGCUGCUGCCUUUCCAGGCGAUUCCUCUCCCGCCCCAGCUUCAGUUGGUGGCCUUCCCAGCGGCUAAGGACAGGCACUCUGGGGCCACUACGCAAUGGACAACACACCAAGCUCCUUUACUUCUGGCUCCAAAGGCACCCGUGCUUCCGUCUGUUGUGCAAAGCAAGGAGAGCCAACAGCAGAGCCAGGCAAACGUCAAAAUAGAGGUGCAGGAGUCUGAGACCGUGCAGGGUGUGUCGAUGCAGGCGCCCAAGGAUGCUGCACCCUUGCUCCAGAGACUCCUCGGCUCAUCUGCAGCAGAUAUCAAAAAGACGUGGUCUGCCCAGGUGUCAUACGUUGAGACUGCUCCCGUGAACCAUGUGACAACAACUCCAGCCUCUGAUGCAAAGCUGAGUGAGCCGCAGACAAAUGUGGUUGAGCAAAAGCUCGUGGAAUGCUCGCUGUGUCAAAGGAAGUUCAAGAAUACCCCGGCUCUCAACGGGCACAUGCGGCUGCACGGAGGGUACUUCAAGAAGGAACCAACCGACGGAGGAGAACGGAGCAGUAGCGAAACCCCGCUCCAGACAGCAAGCGUGGGUGUGAGGGCGCUGCUCGAAGAGGUGGUCAACCAGCGACGGGCAGCCAUGCGCGAGCCUUCCCCUCCGGAAGACGCGGUCUUUACGGACGAGCCGUUGCCGUCGCUCUCCGAGUGGGCCCGUCCCUUCCGAGUACCCAAAGCCCCAGCCCCACGUCGCCACUCGGACUCGGACCACCUGGCGUACGACGACAGCGGGCUCCUGGCGGACCUGCUGAUGCGGCAGAGGCGCACGUCUCGCAUCAAUUCGGACCCGGGCUACGAGCCCCUCCCGGCCUUCGCGGAGCUGCAGGACCUCGGCGGAGGCGGCAGCAUGUCCGAGGGCAGAGGACAACGGCGGAGGGGUUUCUCAGACAGCACCCAGAACAAGCAAGGCGACGACCAUACGGACCUGUCACUCUUUGACGGCACCCAGGAAACAGAUCUAUUCGGCCUCACCGACCCUUUCCACGAGGACACCGAGCACGCAGAAACCAGGAGGGCCGAGGAACUGAGUGAAAUGUUUCGCAAAGACAGAGACCAAGACAGCUCGACCAUGACCUACAGAAGCACAUCCGCUUCGUCGUUGCACAGCGGCGGCCAUCCCGAACUUGCCGAGAGCUUGACCUCUGCCCUGCCCACCACUUGCCCAACCGAUUUCAUGGAACCUUCCGAGCCUGCCCGUGACGUUGAUAACGUGAACCACGCAGACGCCGCAGUUGCCCCUCGGGAUUCAGUGUGUAACUACGCGCCGCAGACGACGCUCUCUCCCCAUCAGCGCCUCCUGGUGCCGCACUGCAGUCCGACUUCUUCCAGUGACGUGCAGGUGACACAAGUGACGCUCGCUCCUCAAGCUUCCGUACCCGAAUUUGUGCCUCCCUCAGUGUCCAGACACUCCCCAGUGCUGAUUCAUUGCCACAGCUCAGGAUCCCAUCCUGGUGCAAUGCCUUCUGUGGUGCCCUACGGCUGCCUAGCGGACAUGAUGUCCUCGGUGACCACCUCAGUGCAAUCCUCAGUGCAGACCUCAGUACCGACGUCGGUGGUCAUGUCCUCGAAGCCCUCUGUGCUGGUCAACUGUCAGAACCACGAGCCCGUGCGGGAUUUCGUGGCCGCGUCGCUCCGCGCGGCGCAACCUGUUCAACACGCAUUACCCCUAGUCACAUCCGCAUCAUCCGUUGCUGCUCCUCCUCAGGCCGUGGACCUGGCAGUGUCCGCAGACAGUGCGCACGUGCAGCGAGCAUCGUCAGCUUUUGAUUACGGUCAGCGUUCAAAUGUGGUGCCGUCUCCCGAAGACUCAGAUACUGCGCAAUCCAGGGAACAUGCCUGUUCGUCCCUGAAACGUGCACUGGAAGACGUCGUGGUGUCGUCUCCCCCGGUGGCUCCUAAAAUUGCGGCGCAGGAGUUAGAUGAUGAUGUCUUUCUCAGUCCAAUUCCCAGCAGUCCCCUCAGGGCUAGACGAAAGCAUCGGCCGGAGCCACUCUACAUCCCGCCGCACGUGAACGCCAUCGGCUUUCCGAGCCGGCUACGAUCGCCACGCCUUUGGGAUCCCGCAGCCGACAACACGGGGCCCAAGAAUGGCGUGUCCCCUCCCCCAUACACUCCCCCACCCAUGUUGAGCCCUGUGAGGUCAGGAUCGGGCCUCUUCUGGCACAUACUACCGGGAGGACCACGGUCGGCCGGUCUGGCACCGACCACACCUCAAACGGUGCCCAGUACACCUAGGGCUGAGGUUAUCACCGAGGCCCUCUCUGAAGAGGAGGAGGAACCAGUGCCCGAAACGGACAUCCUACCCCAUGUAAAUAUUGGACCUCAGUUUCAAGCAAGGUUGCCUCCUGUUGAUGUUGCAAAAGCGGUGCAGUCUGAGCACAAGGCUGACAUGGUUUGGAAUCCUGAGAUGUGUGACCAGCUCUUAGAAGAGGAGGUGGAUGCAUACUUGGAGUUUGCGUGCUGCUCUGCCGUAGCAGGGGGAGGACGGAACAAAGAAUAUGCGAUGCACGUUCUUGCACUCUGCCAGGGGAACAUUCAGGAUGCCACGCUGUGGCUAAUGGAUCGUUGUCCCAGACUCCCUCCAAAGCAUCCGUUGCUAAGUUAUCGCUAUCCUGAAUGUCACCGUUGGUCUAGAGAAGAAAUAGAGCUUUAUCAGGAAGCACUGAACACUUUUGACAAGGAUUUCUUCAGCGUUGCCGCAAAGGUGGGUAGCAAGAACGUGAAGCAGUGUGUGGAGUUCUAUUACGUCUGGAAGAAGGUGGCACCCGACGAGUACAGGAGACUGAGAUGCCUGCGGCGGCGGCGCGAACAGGAUGGGUUGCUGCAGUCGCAGGAGGAUGCAACCACUGCAGUCCCUCUAGGAACAAGUCCUCCCAGGACGACCCAGGAGCCUUUCUCCACAGCGCCUCUUCCUGUUCAAAUCGUGGAGCAGCCUCCACCACUAGAAUUUCCUUGCAAGCUCUGUGGAAGGGUAUUCGCCAAAGUAAAAAGUCGGAAUGCACAUAUGAAGAGUCACGGUGCCCCAAAAAUAGCCAGCAAGUUUGAGUUCUGAGCGUGCGCUGGACAUUUCUGACGGAGAAGAGGGAAGUGCUCUCCACAUCAAAGCAUCUGCUGAGGCCCAAGAAAGCUCACUGCCAUAGGCAACGCUUUGCUUAUGAGUGGGGGAAAAAGUGAGGUUUUUGUUUCUUCCGCAGCGGAUUAUGUGCACCUUGUACAUAUAGCUCCUUGUACUAUAAUGCUUCGAUGGGGUGUAGACCUUGUUGCCCCCGUUUCCAAGUCACUUGCCGACGGAACCCCAGUUCAUAGUGCUGCAUCUGUUGUCCUCUUCAGGUCUGUGGAUAGCAUUUGGAGAGGGAGUAGUCAUUGUUGAAUUUUUAUUGCCAUCAUUGUUGUCAGUAUUCGUGUUCUUCGCUUGACAUGUCAACGGUGCCAUUUGUUGUUUUGCUUGUGGCAUUGAUAGCCCGCGUCCAAAAUACAAAUUUUGUGUGUGCCAGUGGACACUUUGGAAAUGGUAGACGUGGCUGGAAAUCUAUGGUGCAAGCCUUGAACUUAGGUUUAUGAUGGCAACAGACAGCGUAGUAGUAAUUCGUCCUUCACCCUUAAAUACAUGAACAUGUUAACAUAAGGUGGUAUGUCAUGGGUAUGCAAAUGCAGCAGCAAGUGAUAAGGCCCUUGAUUUUCUGCGGGGGGAAUUGUAUUUCUACCGAGUGAGGAAAGUGUAACAUUUUUGCGCAUUACAAUAGACCUUUUCACUGGGGGAUGUGCAAAUAUUCAAGUUGUCGAAUUCGAAUCGAAUAUGAAUCACUUGAAGUAUUUGGUUCGCGAAUCGAAUACCCAAUAUUCGGUUUUGCGAAUGUUCGGCUUUUCACCAAAUACGGACGACACCUCCCGAAAGUGGGCUUCACCUGACGCUUCCCUGCAUCAGGUGAAGCCUGCUUUUACGAAAUUGCCAGUUCUGCACGACCAACACAGGCGGAUUGUAGUUUAGCUUAAGAUAACGUUAGCCCAAGUUUGUUGUGCACACUUUGCCUAAGGAAGGGGCGGCGUCCCUCCCGUGUGCAGUUUAGCGGUGGUAGUGGGGGAUUUCUUUAAAAAGUUAAGACUCCUAAAUAAUGCUUGCAGCCCAGGAACAAAGAGGAUGUCUUAAGGAUGUCCCUUACGUUGAAAAUUUCAGCAGCGUUAACUUCCCCAGGCGAGACAUACACACUCCAGCAAAAAAAGCUAAAAGAUGUUAACGACAAAGCUCAGGCAGGCCGCCAAUUUGUUUCAUUGUUUCAUAAGUGACCUAUGGAUGUUCAGAAGCAGCCUCAUCUGUGUAGCAUGCCACUGCCUGACAUCAAAUUUUGAAAUCAAGAUAAUUACUCCAGUAUGUAGUCACCUGAAAAGCAGGAAACACUAUCCUGUAAUGUUAAAGAGUAGGGGGCUUCCUACAUAAAAAUUACAUGCGUCUCUUGUGACAGUUAAUGCCAGAAAAAUUACACUAAAGCCACGGGCUAGAAAUUGCAAACUUUUAGUGCAAAAAACCAUGUAUUGUAAACUUUGCAUGACUAUUCAAUAUUCGAUUUGGUAUUUGACAUUUUUUCCCUCCAUUAGGUUCGAUAUUCGAUUCGACACGAAAUAUUCGUAUUUGCGCGUACCUACUUUUUAGAAAGGGAAGCGCCACCUGUGGCAGGCAAGGGCUCAUGGGAACUUCGAGGGCCUUAGAGCAUUACGAGACGACCAGAGACGGAGGUAGUAGAACAACAACAACAACAUUCCCAGUGUGUGCGGCAGCGGCGGCAGCCGAGGUAAACCAUAACCGAAGCAGACGACAGAGCAGUGUCCCUCAAAGUUCCCACGCUGCUUUGCGGUUGCGGCGCGCACUCGGCGGCGUGCACACCUUCGUAAAAUCGCCUAUUGGGCUGGGACUGCACUUGAGGUGACAGAUCAAAUUACUCGCAAUCGCGUCAAACUCUUAGUUCAGUCUAAAUAGUUAUUGUUUUUUUACUACGGCAGGUUUACAUGAAUCCAACUUCUACAGGACUAUUACAUUUAGGUAAACCAUCUGCAAUGGUGGGGAAGCAACUCUAACUAAUGAUGAGCCGAGGCGAGCUUCAUCUAGGGACAAACACAACACAUAGAGAGCAUCGAAGAUCCUAAGGGACAAAAUUAACGAGGACUUAUUGGCUUUUUCGUGAAUUACUUGAAGGAAAUUACAUUUGUAUUGGUCGAAACCCUGCUUCACUCUCAGGAGCCAUCAUGCGCUAUGUUUUUCCUAUAUACUGCGUUUUGUCACUGCUCAAUUUCAGUUACAAAAAGAAGAAAAAAAUGCUGAGAGAAAGCAGUCUUGAGUGCUGUGAGACCUUGGAGUGACCUUGGAAUCCCAAAUAUAUACCUCCCGGACAAAAUUUCGGAAAAGCUGGGGCCUUACCAAUUGAUUGUCGCUAUGCCUUCACCACAGCCACCAAGUCCAAGCCAGCUUGUGUGCUGCUAGAUUCUUUACUAGGCUUCUUCAACCUGUGGUAACCGAUAGUGUAAGCCACAAUAUAAUUGUGCUGUCUAUUGAAUUAGUUCUGCAUACUCAAGACCACAUAUCUGGUGUCCCUUAGUUUUAUCACUGUCUCACGUGAGAAAUGCUCACUCUGAGGAGAUUUUACACACUGGAUUUCUGACUUGUGCUUUUAAUGCUAAUGCCCUUUCUUUUCUUUUUUUAUUGCUUUUUUUUUUUUUGAAACUGUAGAUUUAUUUUGCUGGGAUGCCCCAUUUAUUGUUAUUACGCUCGUUCCAUUUGUGCUGACACUUGUUAUGUGCCAUUUGAAUGUUUUGUUGCCAGUUGUUUUGUCUGAGGACCGUUCAGGUGGGAAGGCCUCGCGAAGGGUUUUUGAAGGCCCUCGAAAAUCUUUGCUGCCUGAAGGAACGUUUUAGUGAAGGCUAUUCAGAUUUUAUACAUUGUUGCCAUUCGAGUUCAUCAACAUAUUUAUUACGCACAUCAUAGUUUCAUAUUGUAAUCGCGCCCUAUUGAUUCGUGACGUAGCCGCUUCUUGUGCGCCUCAAGAAUCAUAUUUUUACCUCCAUUUGCUGGACGGCCCCUUUUAAAUAAAUUUAUCUACGAUGGAUGCAUAUUUUUUCUAGCGUAAUAUAUUUACAAAUACACGGACGUUAAGACAUUUUCAACGACACGCUGUUCACCGGUUGAAGUUCUUCUCGCAAAAAAAAAAAGUAUUUUCUAUGUAGCGCAAUGAAAAAAAGAAAGACUUGUCGAUGGGAUUUUCUUAUAUACAGGCCGUAAAUGCACUACGCGACCUUUUAUAAUCAGUGGAACCACAAAUGUGGAACGGCACACAUGUAUCAGCACCGACGUAAUUUACCUUCGAUUCAAUUCAAUUUAAUUUAAUUCAAUUACCUCACAGCGUCCAUAGUGGUAUCAAGGCACCUCUGUCACCCUUUGGAGUAUAGUUAGAGCCUGAAGUUUUCGGGAAAUUUUUUUUUCUUCUGAAUUCAGGGGUAAAAAUCAGGUAACCAAGCACGUGCACUAAAUUAAUGCGAAUUCGGGUGAAAAAACUUCCAGUAUGCUAAAUUUGGGGAGAAAUUGGGCUCAGUUACUCUAGCUAACUGUAGUGGUUUGGUACAAACUGUGAUUGACCUGCAUUUGCUGCCAAACAAGUAAGUUAGUGCAUUCCUACAAACAUCCCAGUUAGGGCAAUUUGUCGGGUCAAAAUCUGGUUUCACCCCAAAGCGGCAACCUUCAAAUCAGGGCGCAUAUCUGGGGAAGAAUCGGGUAAAACCCUAAAACUUCAGGCUCUAAGUAUAGUGCUUCUGCUCUCCCCGCAUUUAUCUACCUUGGAAUCUUGAACCUCUAAAUCUUAUUGUGUUUCCUUUGCACUUGUGAAGCAGAAGAUGCCACACUAUUUUAGUUGAGACUAGAUUUUGUUUCGUAACCUGCGUUUAAAGAAAAGUGCACACGAACGAGAUUGAUUUCUGCAAAAUAUUUUUUGUGACCAAUCUGUCAAUUAAGGUUUCAUCAUUCAAUCAUCGUGUCUCUCUCAUCCUUACGAAAGACGUGCUAUGGAAAGAAUAACGUCCUCGUAUACGCACACUGUUAGGCAUUCGUUGGAUGCUCCUAGUAGCUGACCAGUAUUGCUGAAUUUCAACUUUAUUUACCCCCCUGUCGCAAGCAUUAUUUGAGUUUCCGUUGUCUCCCCAUGCUGCACUUAGCUCCAAGUUGUGGCACGAGGGUAUUUCAAGCAGCACGUGGUAGAUGUUCCUUAAAAAUCGUCUAGACUCGGAAUAUAUUUUUAAAGCUUUUUCUGAAAACUUGCCCAAGGUUACAUUUACAUGAAUAGUUGCAUAUAUACUAGCGCGCAUGACUCUUGGUGCAAUCAUGUUCGUGAAAUUUCAUGUAUCGCGUGGGGCUAUAUUUUCUUUGUAAGACCGCUCUCUCCUAAUACCAGAGGGCAUCCAACGCCUUACCGGGUGCUCAUCUCUCGCGCCCCUGGCACUGGUACUACGAGGGUCGUCUUACAAGAAGAGUAUAGCCCUAGAGACUUGUUGCCAAAGCUUCGUUGCAGUUUCUUUUCAAAUUAUUCUUUAUAGUAUCUCCGUCACACUUGGGGCAUGAUCUCAGGUCUCUGUGCUUAGCCUGAUGUUACCAACCCGUGUUGGUUUGAACAACAUCACUUGUGCGGUGCUCUUUCACGCAGUGCAGUGCCCAUCUCACAUGUUUCACUUGGUUUCUUGUCAUACGGUCGCUCCUCACAGUGUUCCAAAGCCAUCGUCAAAGUGUGUUGCGCCCAGACAACAAGGCUAGAGUAGUAGUGUUGCCAUUGCUGUCGUUCUUGUUAGCACAGGAUACCUUUAUUCUGCACGUUGUUGCACCAGAUUGUGCAGGACUUCCCAAAGCUGUUAGUACCCUGUUCUGAGAAGGUUCUCUCCUUGUACCUUAUUCAUGUGGGUGACAAAAUGCCUGGUUGUACAUCGUUUAUCAUCUGUGCUCUUGUACGGGACUGUGGCAGCUCAGACCACAUUAGUCAUCGCUAGUAUGCAUGCGGGAAGACCUCACUCUAGUGAAGAAUCUAGGGGAGGGGGGGUAAAAUGGGUUUUACCCUAAAACACAGGGCCCUUAGCAUGCAAAGCCAGGGCAUGCAAAAUUUCAAAGAAGUGCAGGUAAUCUACCAUGCGUAUGAGGAAAAAGAAGAGGGGUUGCACAACCUAGUAUCCUGACACAUCUUGGUCUCUGAUAGGAAUGCAGCUGCAGCUGUCGCUGUCAGUUCAUUAUGACGGUUAUUAAAUGAGAUAAAUUUUGCGAAAAUUUGGUGGUCACCUCAAUAUCACUACAGUGAGACCUUACCGUAGUCCAUGUUCUAGACUUCCUGCAGGAGUUGAACGUUAGUGUGAGUUGAUAUGCUGAUACAAACCGUACUGUUACAUUACGGGUGAAGCCAUGUACGCUUGAGAGUACACAGCAUACAGAUGGUGCAUACCGCACGUGUUCCGCGUGGCUUUUAUUUUUGUACAUUGAAAAAUGUCAGUGUUUAUACACCGAUACUUCAGUUACACAGGGCUUCACUCACUAAAGCUUUUGUACAGUGGCUGCUUCCUGGUGCUUCUGCACGCUCAGCAUUGCGGUGCACUCGACCGCUGUCAGGUUUCUACAGUUUACCUCUUUCUGGAUUAGCUCAUAGAAAUUGCUUUUACAUCCUCCAUCACGUUUAUGACGCAUUCCUUUAUAGUGGACGUAGUAGCAGGUACCAGGAAUGUUUAUACAGUAACUGUGAAGACUCACGAGCUCUCGUUAGUGCUUGGGGGCAAACUUCAUGUUCAAACUUACUGUGUCACCCUUGUGUUAUUACUGCACCGUAUGUCACAAAGGCCGAGCGAGAAUCUUUGUGGUACGACUGUUGGGCGUGCAUGUUAAGGUGGUGUCGUGCAGGUUAACGCUGUUGCAACGUUGGCCUAACCAAGCUUGAAGGAUGGUAUGGGGGGAAACGUCAGGGGGAAAAAAGCUUGCAGACUGCUGUUGAAUGAGUGUACCGCAUUAGUUUUCUUGAGAGUCUGUCCCCCGAAAAUGCUUUCCAUAACGUGUACUUGUGUGUGAGAAGUUGUCUCGUACUUUCGGCGGGUGCAGCAGGUAGCGCCAUCCUGUGGGUGGUGGUACGUGUUCUCAAUUUUGUGAUACAGCACAACAAGAGUUGAUGGCCAAGCAGUACCAGUCAGGACGCUGUUCGGAUGGCCUCUUUUAUUGCUCAAUGUUAAACUCACCCGCAUGUCCAUUUUUAGAAGAGGAGCACUGUUUUUUUUUUUUUUUUAACGCGGUUACACACCCCCAUGAAGGUGGGAGCCAUCCUUGUAGUCUUCUGGACUGUUCUUCUUGUAACACCUAUGGUUCUUCAUGAGCACCCUGUUCACUGUAAAUGGCUGUACAUAUUUCCCUCUUGCUCUAUUCCGAAGAGUUUUUUGCAUUUGAACCCAUAUCUGUUGUUGAUCGAUUAAUUGCUCUGGCUGCUGUUGCGAGAGACAAUAUAUAUAUUGACGAGUUACGUAUUUUUGUACUUAAAAGGAAGAUGUGUUUAUUAAAUGAGUAUUUCAUGA